AUGGCAGACGACCACUCGCUCUGCUCACGCGAUCUCAUUGAGGCGGCGGCAGACUCCUGCGCCUUCGCGAGGCAGCACUGCGCAUCCGAUGCAGCCGGCCUCUUCGGCUCCUACGUCCCUCUCUACUACUGUCAGCUGGGCGCCUCGCCGGCGGCAUUCGCGCCGCUUUGCGCGCUGCUGCUGCUGCUGACGAUCUGCUGCCUCGGAUCCACCGCCGACCUCUUCUUCAUUCCGCAGCUCACUCUCCUCUCGGAGCUCCUCGUCCUUCCGCCUGACGUGGCAGGCAUCACGCUGCUCGCCUUCGGCAACGGCGCGCCCGACGUCUUCACCGCCGUCGCCGUCGCCAACCGCGCCGACUUCCCGCUCCUCCUCUCCGACUUGCUCGGAGGAUCGGUCUUCAUCACCACCGUCGUGCUGGGCGCUGUCGCGUGGUAUGCGAACGCUCCGCCGA